AAGACGUCAAUAACUGAAAACAUAUGAUUUUUGUUUGUGUUGUUGUUUGUGCUCCGCUUCUUCUUUCCACUGUGUCCUCAUCAUCAUCAUCAGCAAUAACUCGCAACUAGCAACUGAGUAGAGUGAAACGGAACGGAACUGGCACGAGUGAAACGAGUAUCAGGCGUGUGUGUGUGUUGCUGCUGCUGCUGCUGCUGUCGUCGUCGUCUACCAAUUCUCAACUGUUUCUUGACGUCGUAACAACAACGCAGCAGCGUCAAGUGUUGACAACAGCUGGCUGACACACAUACACAUAUACAUACACACAUACGCAAAGACAUCGUUUGAGGCAGCGCAGCGUUGCCACACAGACAGACAGCCUGUCUCCGUCGUCUGCAGCAGCUGUGCGAGCGAGAGAGCGCAUCGCUCACUCCAGCUCUCUUUGCCUUAACGUGAACGGAGCAGCUGAGACGUCGUCGUCGUCGUCGGCUCCAAAGCAGGGCAGAAGAAUCACAUAAUGUCCGCAGAUUCGCCACGCCGCCACCAACACAGCCAUCAUCAACAUCAUCAUCAUCAAUCGUCGUCUGGCGGCAGCGGAGGGAGCAGUGGUGGUGCUGGUGGUGGAGGUGGUGCAGGUGUUGGCGGCAGCGGUGGCAUGCCGGCUAUUGUGCCGCCACAAGCAGUCAGCGAUCGCUCGAUCUUGGAUUCGGCAAUUGGAUUCAUAAAUGAUGUGACGCUGGUGCAUCAGCCGGUGCAGGAUCCCAAGGAUACCAUAACGUGGGCACGAUUCGAGACGAGUGCCGAUGUCAGCGAUCCACGUUUCGGCGAUGAUUGGGAACUGGAGGGGAACGCUGCACCGCCGCUCCUUUUGAUCCUUGGCUAUGGCCUCGGUGUUCAGGUGUGGGCCAUUCCGGCCAAUGGAGAGGCUGUUGAGGUUCUAUCGUGGCGUCACGGUGUCGUCACCGCCCUCCGUGUCCUCCCCACACCGGCGACGGCGGCCAGUGCCUUGGAUGACAAUGGACGGGCCGAUGAGCCGGUCGAUGCUUUUGCCGAGAAACGUCCACUGGUUGCCCUUGUCGAUGGCGGCAGUGCUGCGGUCAGUGGCCUAAUAUCCGGCGGUGGUCAUCAUCACAUCUCUGGCGGUUCAGGCUCCGGUUUGGCUGGUGGCGGCGGCGGCGGUGGCGGAUUUGGUCAUUCAUCGACUGCGUCCUCGGCGCAUUUUAGUGCCGUCAAUUUUAUGUCACUGAAGACGGGCGCCCAGGUGAAAACGAUCAAGUUCAAGAAUGCCGUGCUGGACAUCCAAGCCAAUCGAUCGGCGGUCGUCAUCAGUUUCCAUGAGCGUCUCGCCGUCUUCGAUGCACGCACCCUCGAGGAUCGACUAACAAUUACCACCUGCUUUCCCAGUCCCGGCAUCAAUCCGAAUCCGAUUGCACUUGGACCACGCUGGCUGGCAUAUGCGGAGCACAAGUUGCUCCAAUCGAAGCGCAGCGGUGGCGGUUGCGACGGCGAGGGUGUUCCCAGCUAUACGGCAACGGUGCUAAACGCAGCCAAAUCGUUUGGCAAGGGUCUCCGUGAGUUGGGUGAACAGGUCGCAGCCGGUUUAACCGGCACCGGCAGUGGCAAUAGCUCCAAAAGUGGCAGUUUCGAUUCAGCAACGGGAGGCGCCGAUGCCAAACAAUCGGGCGUGGUUACCAUUAUCGAUAUCAAGCACACCGUCAAGGAUUAUAGCCCGACGACGGGCACACCGAUUGGCUCCAUUAUCGAUCCGAUUGUUGCCCACUUUGUGGCACACAGUGAGGCACUGGUCGCCAUGGAAUUCGAUAGCUCGGGCAUGCUGCUGUUGACGGCAGAUCGUCGUGGACAUGAUUUUCAUGUGUUUCGCAUCCAACCGCAUCCGGUCGGAUCCAGUUUGGCGGCAGUGCAUCAUCUGUAUGUGCUGCAUCGGGGCGAUACGAGUGCCAAAGUGCAGCAUAUUGCAUUCUCGCUGGACUCACGCUGGGCGGCCGUUUCCACGUUGCGCGGCACCACCCACGUCUUCCCCAUAACACCGUAUGGCGGUGCGAUGGGCGUACGAACGCACACCUCCCUGCAUGUGGUCAAUAAGCUGUCGCGUUUCCAUCGCAGCGCCGGCCUCGGCGCCGAUGGACGCUCCAGUUCGCCGAUCUCGCAUUCAGAGAGCACAACGUUUGUGCAAUCGUUGCAGCCGUAUCAUAAUCCCACUCUGCCCCCAUUUCCACGACCAGCUGUUAUUCAGCCGUUGGCGCAACUCCGUCAACCGUUUACCCUCGGCUCGCCGCCAGGCAGCGCCACAUUGGGUGGCGUUGUUGGUGGCGUCGGCAGCGGCGGCGGUGGUGGCGUUGGCGGCAUCGGCAGUGGUGGCGGUAUUGGCCAUCAUUCGAGCGGCGGCAGCCAUCAUGGCAUCGGUUCGCAUCAGCGUCAACGUUUGUCCUCCCUAUCGGAUGACAGUGGCAAACCGUUGAGCGUUUGUGCCACCUUCGCCAAGUCGCGUUCGUGGCUGCUGGAGCCGCCAACGGCGACACGUGAGGCACCGCAUCGCGUCCAGCGCAAGGCGGUCGAUUCACUGUUCGUGAUGGCCGGACACGGUGCUCUCAUCCAGUACGAUCUGGACACGAAGUUAGCCGCAAAUGUUGCCAAAGAGAAGAUUUGUGAUGAUACGCCCAUCGAGUUGGAGGUGGAGGCGAAGGCCCAGUGGAAUCUGGGGCGACGCAAGGAUGGAUCUCAAGAAAUCAUACCACCGCUGGCGCUGGACAAUUGGCUGAUCAAGGAUCGCCAUGCCAGCCUCCUAAUGGACAGUGGCCAUCAGUUCGAUGAGGCCGACGAGCGGGCCGAGAGCUGGUUGGCCCAGGUCGAGAUUAUCACCCAUGCCGGGCCACAUCGCCGGCUCUGGAUGGGGCCGCAGUUCGUUUUCAAGAACUACAAUACGCCCAGCGGAUCGAAUUUGAAUCAUGUGGAUGCGGAGGCAGUGGAAAUUGGGGUAACGAAGACGACAACCACAGCGCUGCCGUCGACAGCAGCAGCUGCCGGUUCCUCUGUCCAGCCGAGCAUCAUUUCAACCGCUGUCGAUCGUUCGAGUCCAUUGAAUAUGCCGCUGAGUGGCGUUGCCGUUGCCGGUGGAUCGACGGUGACAACUGGCGGACAUCGUGCCGGUGUGCCCGUGCUCAUCGAAUCCGGUUCCUACAGUGGUGCAGGCAGCAUUGAGCAGAGCCCCAAGUUGAUGGAUCGCUUUCGUCAUGGGCAUUUGGAUUCGGAUUAUGGACACGGCGAUAUGCGUCUCAAGGAGGAUCUGGCCGAUGCCAUGCGCGAGUCGCCAUCAACGGCAGCAGCACGUCGCGAGACGGGCAAAUUCUUUGGCAUUGAUCAAAUGGAUGGACUGCCUAACAACAACAAUAUUAACAAUAAGACCACGGCCAGUAAGGUUGGCAGCAGCAAGCCGAUUAAGCCCAACAAUAAUCGCAGCAAUAAUCGCAAUCCCGAUCCCAAUUCCCAUGCCCGGCAGCAGCCACUGAAGGAGCACAAGGAUGUGCCGAUGAGCAGCACUCCACCAACAACAACAGCAGCAGCAGCAGCAGCAGCAGCAGCAAAACUAUCCUGUUAUCCGCAAGCCGUUGUAUUGCCACAGUUGCCACAGCUGCCGCAGAGCAACACAGCCGCUGUGGGCAUUGAUGGUGAACUUGCAACAGUGGUGAAUAUCGAUUGUUUCGACGAUCAGCUCAGCUUGAGCAGCAUCAGCACAAACAGUCGCCUCUCCUUGGAGGGGCCGCCGUCGCAGUCGUCGCCGCCGCUUAGCCUAACGAACGGUUUAAUGGAAACGAAUCUAAUGCAUUUCAGCGAGAGCGCUGCCGUCGUCACAGCAAUCGAUGGCUAUGCCGAUGAUAGCACCGAUGGCACCGACAUCGAACCCGAUAUCACCGAGUGUCCUGAUUCAGCUGCCACAGCUGGCAUGCAAAGCUUGUGAGAAUUAAUCCAGUUGCCACCGGUGGCGCCAUUUCUGAAACUGCGUCGCAUUUACGCGCAGCUUUUCAAUCCGAAAACGGCGACAACAAUUGCUGGUGACGAUUACCCUUAAAAAAAAAAAAACUAAAAAAAAAACAACAAAAAAAAAAGAAGAAAAGAUUGAAAUGAAGCUUUCUUAAUUCCUAUCAUGGCCCCUACUUGAAAUCCUAUCCCCCAUUACCAAUUUAGUAAGGUGCUUGUCUUAUCAUUAUUUUCUCUAAAUACACAUAUAUAUAUUUUAA